CGAUUGAGAUUGUGCAAAAGGCUAUAGAGGAGGAUGUCAAUCAGAACUACCCAGAGGCGUAUAAGCAAUAUCAGAAUGCUCUUGACUACUUUAUGAUGGCUCUCAAGUUUUCACUACCACGACACGCUCUUUGUAUCCAUUCUUUUGCUGACUGUGAUUUGUGGGAUCCAGAUGAGAAGAACGAUAAACUACGCGUGUUGAUCCGGAAGAAGGUCGACGAGUACCUAGAUAGAGCGGAAAAACUCAAGACACAUAUCGCAAAGGCAAAUGACAAGCAAGCUGGCGCCGUUGGGAGCAAUGGCAAAGUCUCUGCGAGUGGCGGCGGAAAAGAUGUUGACGGAGAUGACCCAGAAGUCAAGAAACUCCGAGCUGGCGCCAUCGUUCAUGAAACACCAAACGUCAAAUGGGACGAUGUAGCUGGUCUUGAAGGUGCAAAGGAAUCGCUCAAGGAGGCGGUCAUUCUACCCAUCAAAUUCCCGCAUCUAUUUACUGGAAAGCGUACGCCAUGGCGCGGAAUUCUCAUGUAUGGUCCUCCAGGAACAGGAAAGAGUUAUCUGGCCAAAGCAGUUGCAACUGAGGCCAAGAGCACUUUCUUUGCUGUCUCGUCUUCGGAUCUAGUUAGCAAGUGGAUGGGAGAGUCAGAGAGAUUGGUGAAGCAGUUGUUUACAAUGGCGAGGGAACAAAAACCUGCCAUCAUCUUCAUUGACGAAGUCGACUCUCUUUGCGGCACAAGAGGGGAAGGAGAGUCUGAGGCCUCGCGACGUAUCAAAACCGAAUUCCUUGUACAAAUGAACGGUGUUGGAAAUGACGACACCGGUGUGCUUGUGCUGGGCGCCACCAACAUUCCAUGGGCUCUUGACAAUGCCAUCAAACGGCGCUUCGAAAAGAGAAUAUACAUUCCUCUCCCAGGUCCUGACGCUAGAAAGAAGAUGUUUGAGCUAAAUGUUGGUACUACUCCUUGCGAACUUGGCACAAAGGAGUAUAAGUUCUUGGCAGAUAAGACGAAUGGGUACUCUGGUUCAGACAUAGCUGUCGUGGUUCGUGAUGCACUGAUGCAACCCGUACGAAAGGUGCUAUCGGCCACCCAUUUUAAGAUCGUACCCGCCCCUCAAUCCGAACAUCAACAACAAAUGGGUGAUAAAGAGGCCAAGGAGAAAAGCUGGUCAGAUGUCGACAGCGACGAGCUCCUGGAACCUCCUCUCCGACUACCGGACUUUGUCCGUGCUAUCUCACAGGUCAGGCCAACGGUAACUGAGGAUGAUAUCAAGAAGCAUGUUGAAUGGACAAACGACUCGGGUGAGGCUGGUGCAGCCGUUGAUGAGAAGACUGAUUCCGCCUUAGGGUCUGGUCAUGACUCAUUGGAUUUGGAGAGCUCAG